AUGUGGUUCUGUUGCCAGCUGUGGCACUGCACUUGUCUUGGGCAGUUCGACGUGUGGAAGGCUUGGAGCCAGGUCGUGCACCCAACAAAAGCAGCUACGCCAACGUCACCCACCAAAUUCGCUGACAGCGGCUCAAGCGAUGAUGUGAGGCCCAACGUUUAUCUGGAGGAUGAUGAUGGAGAAGAUCAAUCUUGCGCGUCCCCAUCUACCUCUUCGUUCGAGAUAACUGCAACUGUGAGUAAGGCGUUGGACGUGGUCAAUGAGUCUCCGAGAUCUUCUGGAGGUUGUAUGGCUCUUCCAAUCGUUAGUAGAAGUGAAAGUCCUCUAUCAGGAUCGUCUCAUCCGGGCAGAGCCAUGUCUAGAAAUUCCUCUUCGUCUUUUGGAGAGGGUCUAGACUCGGAAGCAGCAGGGGAUCACGGAUAUGAGGAAACACUUUCUGUAGAGUCGAGAACUGAACGGACAGAACUGGAAUCUAGGCUUCACUACUGGAACAGAGAGCACAACGUAUGUGCGAGAGAAUACGAAGAAGAAACGGACGAGAGUUCUCGUUGUCCCGAUUUUGGCAGCAGGGAAGAGGUUAAUACUGACAAAUGUGUGGAAUCAUCCGAGGAAGAAAAAGGUGACGAAACAGGAGAGGAAAAGGAGGUGAUAAAGCCGCAGUACAGAAAGAUCUGGGAACUAAGAGCAACGCUCGAAGAGGACGAGGAGCUUGAACAUCUCGUCUCUCCGCUGCCGAAACCACUCAAUUUGUAUAACCCUUCACCUGUUCAGUCCCCAGAAACGGAGACUGCGUAUGAACAUGACGACACUUUGCCAAGAUGUAGGUCUUCUUUCAGCUGCUGGCCGUCCCGUGCAUCAGUACCACCUCUGAGACUAAAUCGACGACCACAACACAGGGGUAAUCAGGCCAGCCCUGCUGAACCCGACAGUGAGCCUCAAGGAGCAUUUGAGCUGCAGCGCGAUGUCUGCAAGGAAGAUAAGAUAGACGAGACGAACGAAGUCAUAGAACAUCAUGGAAAUGGAGAGUGUGAAGAAAUGCGUUGUGAUAUGGGUCCAGAAAAAUGUUUGUCCCAUACUGAAUAA